UGAUGGGUAGCUCAGAUGAUACGUACCAAAACGCAAAAAAAACAAUGUAAUUUCAUAACUCAAUCUUACGUUUUAUACAUACUUCAAUUUUCAAUUACAGAUAACCCAAACUACUUCGACGAAGAGGUAGCCACAAAGAGUAAUGAGACGACCAGCAAAAGUUUCUUCCUGUUCAAAAAACGGCAUUCCUCGGGCAAACUGGUAACAUCAAAGCCAGUUACCAUAAACACCGAUCUUCAGCCGGGAGCUCACAAACGUCGUGGAAGUUUUAAAGGAUUAUUACGUUCCCGCAGCAAUAGCACAACAUCGCCUUCAGUGAAAACCGCUGCCACCUUUGAAACGAGUACCAGGAAGCACAACACGCUAGAUUACCGGAACCAUGGAGCCGCCGCCGACAGCAUCCGUGACCGUUGGGAUUCUUAUAAUGAUUCAUUUUCGGAAAACAGCGCCAACGAUGAUGUGUUUUACUCGAAUUCCAUUGACUCCAAAUGCAGCAGCAGCUUAUUCCAGGGACGACGGAGAGAGAACCUUCGCAGCGAGGAAACAAUCUCCGGCGAAACAAGGCGGCAUUCGAUUGGAACGUUCAUGAUGAAAGAGCACAUGCGGACCGGAUCGAUUUCGGAUGAGGUUCCAAAGAUGAUAGCACCCAAGGCUCCAAUCACGUCUAAAAGUGUGCAAAGACAAGGUGGGAAUCCCAUGGACGCUGUGGACGAUAUCCUGUUUGUCACAUCGCGCCACAAUGAGCAAGCCAUCAUGUGGGUGAACCAUUUGAAGACGUGCUUUGACAAAAUAACAAAGCAGCGUGGUCGGUUACCAUUUAACUUCCUGCACGUAAAAAUCGACGAGGAUCAAAUAAACCAGCAAUUAACCCACCGCUGCCAGUACACAAAGCUGCAGAUUGUGAUUGUGUGCCCAACGCUGCUCUCGUUGUCGUCCCAGUUUUUGCAGUCCAAUUUGAAGCUGCUGCUGAAACCGGAGCGGGUCUUAGGCAUGCUGCUCGAUGUGACCGAAGCACGUGUGUGGGAAAUCCACAAGGCCACAUUCCCAGUCUAUAAUAAAUGGCGUACGUGUGUCGUGGGCGAUCACGAACAAUCCUUCGUUAGUGAAUUACUCGGUCUCGCGACGGACAUUCUGGGACGCGCUUUGCGACAGCAACCGAUGCUAAAUUCGGAAGGAACCAACUUGGUGUCAUCGCCGAAACCAACACCGGCCGCAUCCCAUUCAACGACGUCAGGACACCAAGAGGCAUUUACUUUGUUUCCCAGAAAGGUGAAAGUGGGACAAAGCAAAAUUAUUGCCAUACUCAACGAGCCACUGAUAAAGGACGAUUGGAUUAAGAUCAAAAUUGAAAAGGCUAACGAGAUAAUCGAAAUAACUAACAUCAAGAGGAGAAACCCGUACACCAUUCAGUUCAAUAUACCUGACUCCUGUAUGGAAAUUUCCAUGAUGAUCGGGAUACGGCUGGAGAAGAACAAUGUCGACCUGGGCUGCCGGCCGCUUAAAUGUGAAAGCCGAUUACGUGAGCUGGAGCAAAUACUGAAAUCGCAGGACGCUCCGAUGGACUUUCUGUGCCAGUCGAUUGGUAUCGCCAUAUCGGAUCGCGACAAACUGGACACAUACCUGUUGCACUCGUUCCAGCGCAAUAUCCCGCCCAACUUCCACCUGUUGAACUCGGUCGACACAGGGGACGGACUCAAAACGCACCGAGAAACAAAUCCAGAGGAAUAUCCUACUUUGCUACACUUUGCCGCCUAUUGGGGGCUCGAGAAGUUGUGUCUGCAGCUCAUGGAUUGCCCCGGGGGAGACGUCGCUUGCGAAAUGAGAAAUAUUUCCGGCCGCACGCCUGCUGAUUUGGCGGAAAUAGGAGGCCACUUCAAGUUGGCAAACAGCUUCAAGAAUUUCUCGCAAAUGCACGAGUUCACUACCAUGUAUCACUAUUUCAAAGGGAUCAGCGAAGCAUCCCCAAAUAAAGUAGUCAUUGAGCCCAAAUCGUCAUCAUCUACGCCAGCACCAAUAAACACAAAAGAAAGGUCGCCUAUGGUAGCGUUGAAAUCGUCACCGCACGCGGGCAGGGCGCCCCGUCAUCAGCACCAUCACCAUCAAAGUGAAGGCUACAUGGAGAUGAAUGGCAGCGGCAGUGAUAUUGAGUCUAGUCAAUGCGAAGGCUGCAAUUCGGUUUCGAAUUUGAAUUAUCUAAAUGUGGAAACUUCCGGGGGUAGCGGCCAAGACGAAGUGGAUUUUGUGGUGUUUGAUUCGAUGAAGCAGGCAGAAAAAGAUAAGGAAAUUUUAAACAAUCUGAAUAGUAGUCACGAAGCAUGUGAGGGUAGAGAGCAUGACAUUUUGUUCAACGAACUUCGAAUUACAGAGCCGGAAUACUUUGAAUCCAGUGACGUGAACAAAAGUGACGCCUUUAGUCAGGAAUGUUCAAAUUUGUUAGAGAAUUGUAACGUGUACUGUAACAAUGACUUCGAUUAUUUGAUACAGCCAUCCAAUCUGCCAGUGAAAACCUUCGAAUCGGAGAGCGAUUACUUGGUACAGCCGUCUAAUAUUCCCAUUCACGAGUACAGUAACUUUGAUUUUGGUAGUGAAUAUCAAAACAAUCCUAGUAAUAAGCAGAUAAACGUAAACCAAGAGGCUGGCAGAGAGAUCUCACACCUUCGUUUGAGUUUCAAGAAGAAAGAACAAGAAAAUGAGUCAAAACCAAAGAGUGCCACCUUGAAGAGGCAAGAAAGCAACACAUCCAAAAAGUCUGUCGAUGAUGAACUGCUGGAGAUUAUAACGGAUUUCAAAAACAAUGUAUUCACAAUUCAGGAAGUUGAGCAAUUGGUUGACUCGUGGAAGUCUCGAAACGAUGUUCAAAAAAGCUUCAAAGACAAAGCAGAGCAGUUGCAAAGAAUGCGUGAAGAGUAUGAGAGAAUCCAGCAGCAAAUGAAGGAGAAGUUGAAAAGACCUACACCAUUCGAGAGGAUGAAGAAAAUGUUCACGAAGAGUAAGCAAACACCAUCGAAGAAAGUUAGUCCAACUGCCACCACGCCGUCGGAUGUCUGUGAUGACAUCAAGUUUUCGAUGUUGGCACCUUCGUCCCACGCCCAUCGACCAAUCAGUUCAACAAGCCUUCACAGCAUAUCUAGCGGGUCGUCUGGUCGGAUGAGUACACUGAGUGGCGCCAGCGUUGGCGACAGUGGAACUCAUUCCGAUUCGGAUGAACGAAAGUUUGCACACAAUCGAGGCAGUUUGAUGGACAACUACAUGAUUCCUCCUACGCCACGACCAGUGAUCACACCAGCAGGUACUCCGACACCGGUUGAGGAGAAGGAACGUCCUUGUUUCGGUUCCGCCAUCGCCAACGAGCACUACACCGUGUUUCCUUCCAACAUACCGGUGUUUCAAGAACCGUACAAUGACUACGUAAAUACUCCCUGCUCACCAACGUUGAAUCCCAUUGACGAAACCAAAGAAACAGAAACGCAAGUGCAACACAUCAAGAUUCAACGACACGAAGUUAUUUACUCACAGUUAGAAAACGUAAGACCAACGCUGAGUUCAUUUAGGGCAUCUACGGAUGAGAAUCAGUCUUCUAGUAUUGACGAAGUGUAGUUCAUUUAUUUUUAAUUGCAUUCUUCACAUAUCGUCGCAUACAAAAAAUAUUGUAAAUGCUUGAAAUAAUGAAACAUUCGUGUAUUAGUCGUCUGUAUAUACAAAUACCAAUUUUUCAACAUAUCCUCGAUACUCAUAUACAUUUAAAAUAUUACUUUCUACACAACUAAAUUGAUAAAAUACACUGACAUUAUUUAUUCGGA